CAUGGACAGUGUUUCCUCUUGUGUGUCCAGUGAUGAUGCAGAGUUUCUGUGGCGUUUGUCUCGAGCGUCUCGUGAUCUCUCUUUACUGUCCAGCAUCACAACCGAAGACAAGAAACGACUCACUGAGGCCUUCGACUUCGCCAAAGAGACAAACGAAUCUUCAUUUUCUGCUUACAAAUGGUACACCGUUUGUCUCAGUGAUGUUGGCGAUUAUGAAGGGAUCAAAGUGAAAAUAUUAAAUUCCUACAUCAUUAAAGAUCAUCUGCAGCGAGCAAAUGAACUCAAUCCAAAAGAUGCAACUUCUAUCCAUAUUCUGGGUUACUGGUGUUUUGCAUUUGCUGAAUUACCCUGGUACCAACGUAAAGUUGCAGCUGUUAUUUUUGCAUCACCUCCGACGGCGACUUAUGAAGAGGCUUCGGCAUAUUUCCUGAAAGCUGAAGAAGUCGAGCCAAAUUUCUACAGUAAGAACCUGCUGAUGUUGGGAAAGACGUACAUGAUGUUGAGUGACCGCGAGAAGGCCAUGUUGUGGCUCAAUAAAGCGCACGAUUAUCCUGCAGUCACAGAAGAAGACAAACAGGUACAUAAAGAUGCUUUGGAUCUUCUCAAGAAACUCAACGCAUGACGAGUGAAAUCAGAACACAGUAUUUUUAUAAGAUGCCUUAAUGGUCUUUUGUUGUUUUUUU